AUGGCGAUCUCUGUGACAGGAAAGAGUGGUGUCGGCAAGACAAAGCUGGUGAAGGAGAGAUACGAGAGACACUCAACAAAGCGUUAUUUUGACAUAAAGGCAUGGGUGACAUGUGCACCCAAUCUCAAUGCCUCCAACCUCAUGAAGCUAAUUCUUCCGCGUUUGAUAGGAGGCUCUGUUAAGUGGUCCACAGAUGAUGAUCUCAGGACAAUGCUGCAGAAGGUGUUGAAAAACAAGAAGUACCUGUUGGUUAUAGAUGCUGAAGUCAGCAGCACGGAGUGGAACAUCAUGAUAGACUACCUCCCAACGGACAACGUCAACAGCAGAGUAGUGAGAAUCACACAAGCGGCCGAUUUGGAAUCGCCUCCACCCUACUUUGAAGAGGAAAAUAUUGAGCUUCAUCACUUUGAAGAACAAGAUAUAACUGUAGAGUUGUUCCUGGCAACACUCUUCAUGAGCGACAAAGAGAAGCAUUGUGGCGAUCUGGUCAUGGAGGCUGUCAAAACAAACCAUGCCAAGUUCAUCUUCGAUGUCACUGGUGGUCUACCACUAGCGGUUGUGCUCUUGUCCGGCCUUCUACGGACCAAGGAGUACCCUGGAGAAUGGUGGAAGGUGUUCAAGCACCUCGAGGGCAACUCCAAUGAACGGAAGCGUCUGGACAACAUAUUGUCGAUGUGCUUCGAUGAUCUCCCACAUGGCCUCAAGUCUUGCUUCCUCUACUUUGUCGGCUUCCCGGCGAGCACACUUGUCAAGGCACGCUCUUUGGUGUGCAUGUGGAUGGCAGAGGGGUUCUUGAGACCAAAAGAGGGCAAGACAAUGGAGAAGGUGGGUGAGCGCUACUUGCAUGAGCUGAUCCAUAGGCGCCUCAUGAACCUUCCACCAUUGGAGAAUGCCGCUCCUGGAGAUGAACGGGUAACCGUCCAAACUAGAGUCCAUGACUUCUUGGUGCUCGAGGCGCAAGAGGCAAACUUCAUGGAGAUCCAUAGUGGUGAUGAUGUGCCAACACUGUCCACUGCUCGCCGCCUUUCCUUGCAGAAUCACAUGGACAAGUAUGCUGAUCUUGCUGAGCCUUUGCCCAAGUUGCGGUCCAUCAUGUCCAACUUUGAGAAAGAGUCCCAAGGCGGUGCCGAGACCAAGAAAGAUAUCAAGACCAAUGUUGGGGCUUGUAUCCCCUUCCCUCGCAAGGCCCAUGCCCACUCAAAUGAUGUCAUGCAGAAGCUCCUACAAGGAUCCAAGUUCCUUCGUGUCAUCUUCCUAGAUGGCCUCGAGAUCGGCAAAAAGUUGCCCCCAGAAAUCAGUAAUGUGAAGCACCUGCAUUACCUUGGCAUCACCUCCUGCUCCAUCGACGAGAUACCAUCAUCAGUCGGGAACCUCACACAUCUAGAAACGCUAGAUGUUCGGGGUACCUCUGUCACUAGACUUCCCAGGGAGUUCCGGAGGAUUCCAACACUGCGACAUGUGUUUGGAUCCAUCAUCUUGCCCAGGCGAGUCGGCAACCUAGAGCAACUACAGACACUACAAGAAGUAAAGCCCGAUGAAGAUGGUGGUGUCUGGGAUACAACAACCUUCGCCUGCAUGAAGCAUCUUCAGUCCUUGUACAUUUGGAACCUCCCCGACAAAAAUGCCCAGGCUGUCUUGGCAGCUAUCUAUGAAGUCAAGUACCUCGUGCUCCUAAGCAUUGAAGGCAAGGUAAUUUCCCUGGAGUUGUUCACUUUCUCCAACUUUACACGCCUUCAGGUGAUGAUUCUGAAAGGGAAGAUCGAGCCACCAUUAAACGACAGUAACCCGUUAUACUUCCGGAAAUUCUCAACUCUGACAAAGUUGUCUCUGAAUAAGACCAAGGUGUCGCAAUACUUCAUCAACAAACUAAGUGUUGAGCUUCCUCUUCUUGCCUCUCUAGCUCUACUCCCCGAGUCCUACGAGGAGCGAUGUCUUGCCUUCAAGGAUGGGUUUCAGAGUCUCAAAGAACUAAAGCUAGACCUAGACAUGUGUGUGGAGGAAAUUGUGAUAGAGGACCCAGCAUGUCCAUGUCUAGAGAAGUUGGAGAUUACCAACUACUCAAAGGGUCUUCAUCUCAAGGUCCGACACAAUAUUGAGAAAAUAAUCAAACACCAAGAUUACUAUCUCUAUAAAAAGAUGAAAAUAUGA